CAAAAAUCAAAGUUUUUUUUUGAAAUAUUUACGUAUUUGGUAUAUAAACAAAAAUGGAGGAAACACUUGGUUUACCUGAGGAAGACUUCUUUACGUCUCUGGUUCGUAAGCAUAUGCCCACUACACAGCGUAUUAUGCAGAAGGCUAAAGGUUGCUUAAUCUACAAUAUUAAAACUGCUGAAGCAGAGUACUCGACCUACCAUGAUACCACCGAUGAUUUAGCUGCUAAUAUUUGUGAUAUGCUAGUUUGUCUUGCACGUAACGUUGUACGUGAAGUGAAUCCAAUUGAUGAGUUACGCUUCCUUCGUAUAGCCACUAAAAACUAUGAGUUUUUGAUUGCACCAACUGAUGAAUUUGUAAUUUUAGUUGAACAACUUGAUCCCUCCAAACAACAGGUGGCUAUGCAAGCAACUACUACCAAAAAGAAACCCAGGAGAAUCUACUAACAAAAUCAUUGCUGCAGCUUUAUAUUUUAUAAAUAAUACUUUCAAAUAAAAUCGAUUUGAUAAUGUCUAAUAUGCAAAUA